AUGUUCAUCAACGUAGAUGGCCAAUCCGAACACGCGGCCAAUAUGUCCCAUUACAACAGUGCGGAGGUGGAAGUAUGCUUAGAGCUUUUGCGCGCACUUUUGCGCCGAGGUCUGACACCAGCCCAGCUUUGCGUCAUAACGUUUUAUCGCGAACAGUAUCGCCGGCUAGAGCGAGCAGCCGACGAAUUGGGUGUGGAGCUCUCCACAGUCGACUCCGUCCAAGGAAGAGAAAAGGAGGUGGUUCUCCUCUUAACCACCCGGACACACGUCGCGCCAGAGUCUGCCGAAUUCCUCGACGAGUAUAGGCGUAUGAACGUAGCAAUAUCCCAGUGUCGCCAAGGUCAGUUCAUCUUCGGACACGUUCGCUCCCUUCGCCGUGUCCCUUUCUGGGGUCGUGUGAUCAGCUGGGCCAGCUCCCUUAAUGCUAUUGUGCCCGCCACAGACCUCCCGCGCUACUUCGAAAACGAGUAG